UUUCAAACAAAUUCCUAACCUAUCAAUUGAAAAGUUUUGAAAAUCUUAUUUUAUGUAAUUUUAAACCGAGAAAAGCAUGAAAUGCGGCUGCUAAGGAUAAAAUUCAUAAUUCACGUGAACAAUUCGUAGCCGUUCAUUGAUUAAAUUUCCUGAAUAUGUCUUUGUCGCCACAUCAAAUUUUUGGACGUCUUCAGGAAUUGAAAAAAUGGCAAAAAACCCAUGAAAAAUUAUUGCAACGCUCAGGGAACACUGGAGACCACGAGAGAUCAUCAUUAAAUAAUGAAUUUACGCAUCACAGUUUGGAAAAAGUCGGUGAAAAUCCUUUAGCAAGCACUAAACGACAUGAACUGGACUCGUAUAAUAAUGUGGAGGAAGAGUAUAUAAGCGCUCCUUUAGAUAAAGAUUUUGAAGAAUUAGUGGAGGAAAAAUUGAGCGAAUUUAAUGAAUAUAACAUUCAGACAAACAACACUGCGGUGCCCAAAAAACCAUUCUUGAAAAAGGGAACAGGAUUGAUGAAGUACAAUUUAAAACUUGAAGAAUAUAAAAAACUCAUAGGCAAUAAAUAUUCAAAUACUGUGGUGCCAAAAAGGAGUAGACCAAACUCCACCCAAACUAAAAAGAAAAAUGUGCAGUUUCAAACAGAAAGACCAAAAACAACAGGUGGUGUCCCAAAAACUCUACCUUCUAAAAGAACACAAAACACAGUUAAAUCAAACAGACCUUCUGUUCCUUCUUCACAGAGACCUAAAACAACUGGUGCGGAGUAUCCGGGUAGGAGCAAAACACAGAAUACAAAGAAGGCAGUAAAUAAUAAUCGACAGGUACAGAGUGCAUCUAAUGGUAGAAAUCAGUUGAGAAAAGGUGAUGGUCCCAAGCAGAAAUGUCCAUCAGUUGAAAAUAAUGCGAAAUUUCGUCCGGAAGAACCAAAGUACGAAAAAACAGAGGUGAUUAGGAACUCCAAAGAUUCGGCAGUAGGUGAAUCACCUUCCAAAAACUCUAAAAAUGAGAAGGUUGAAACAGCUAAAAAAUGUCCUCCGAAACUUCAUGAUUUUAUUGAGGAUAUCGUCAAGAAACCUGUGGAAUAUACACCUUUGAGAGCACCAGAAAUCAGUAUCAAGCCAAGGGGAAAUUGGUGUGAUAUUCCUCCUAAUAAUAACCAAAGUGAAGUAUGGAAGAAUGUAAACAAUGACAUUACACUAAAAAGUGACAGGAUAAGUUCAAAGGAUGUGUAUACUGCUACUACCCAGUGCGCACAAAUUUUAGUUCAGUCUCAGUGGAAAAAUGGAUUAAUUCGACAAAUGAAUGAGAUUGAAUGUAAAAUGCCUGGGGUAGAAAGGAUUGGUGACUCUCAAGAAAGGAAAGUACCUCCUGCACGUAAAAGUUUAUCCUACACUUCAAAUGAAAACAGUUUGUAUGAAAAAGCCCUAGAAACAGAGUUGAAGAUAUUCGAAGCCUUAGAACGUAGAACAGAACAAAGUGGUUUUUGCUCUACCAACACUAGCAUAAUUCAGCUGUUAGCGAGUACGCCUAGUAAGUUUGACUUCAAAAAUAGUGAAAUGAACACUGUGGAUCAUGUUUUGGACGAAAUAAUCGAUGAUGGUGACGAGGAAAAAUCGCCUGUUCAAGAUAAAACGGAGCAGACAUCUCGAAAUGACAAUUCUGAUUCUAACGACGAGCAAGAGUUGACAAAGUUUCAGAAUUUUCCCCCAUCAAAUUGGCAACAUAUGGAAAACGAGGAUCAUGUUGAUGAGGAAUCAGAGGAUGAUGUUGAGAGUGAAGAAGAAAUCGAUAAAACCCUCGAAGAGGAUUUUAGCAAAUAUAACGGGGAUUCUGAGAAAGAAAUUGAUCAUUCUGAGCAUAAACGAGAUAGUUCAACGAAUACAGAUAACCCAAUAAUAUUUCCUUCAAGUUAUUCAAGCACAAGCAGUGAUAUUUCCGACGAAUAUUUCGGAGAGACUACAAACGCUUACAGAUCUUCAAAUUCACCGAAGAAUCAUCGAAAACUGGAUUCCUCGGAGAGCUGUGCCAGUUGCGGAUUUCUGAUAAAGAAUAAAAUCGAAGAAUGUCAGAACGAACUCGACAAUUUGAAAAUCGAGAAGGAUAGGAUCAUGGCCAUCAGAAAGCAGAUGGAUAAAGAUAAAAAGGAGUUCGAGAAAGAGAUGAAGCUUAGGCGAAUACAGUUCGAAGAACAGAAACUAAGAUAUCAGUUGGAGAUCGAAGAAGAGAGGAAAAAGAUGGCCGACAAGCUGAGUCCAGAGAAGUGAGUAAAAAUAUCUUUUUAACCCGACAAACCGCAGAGGAAGGAUAAGGAAGAAAUGAACAAUCUUAAAAUGGAACUGAACGAAAUGAAGGAAUUAAUGAAACUGAGAGACACGAAAAACGCGAUGUCCAUAGCCCGGCUGAGAAAUCAGGUGAAAAUGUUGGAAAAAAACAAUGCGGAACUCAAGGCUGAAAACGAGAAACUCAUAAAGGAAAAAUCGAAGUUGGUUGCUCAACAGAGGAACAACAGCAAGACGACCGAGACGAAAAUGUUGAAGGAAAUCAGCAAGAAUAUCAGUAAACUAACGGAGGAAACUUUCAAAAACCAAACUUUCAAAGUCGAUACGAGUUCUGAGGAUAACUUGAGGAAGAAGUCGACGAAAGAAACGGAUUCUCAAGUGAGCAUAAGGAAAUCUUCCAGCAAUACUCAGGGUAUUUUGAAAAAUGGUACCCAGCCGCAUGUUUUCAACAAAUCCCUGAUCGAAGAUUACGCAGUGGAGCAAACUAACCGAAAUGGGGUUGAUGACAACGUAGAAGAGAAAUAUAAGAGUUUAUUCGGAGGAAACGAUGUAAUAAUCGAAGAAAAUAGGAGGAAUAGCAACACGAGUUUUGGUAACACAACGAGACAACUCGGAUUAGAGAAAACUGAAAAAAUCCUCGAAGAUGGUACCAAGGAAGUGAAAUAUUCCAAUGGGAAUAUCAAGCGAAUAUCGGAGAACGGUACCGUUAGGUAUUAUUAUUUCAGUAACGAUACAUGGCACACUAAUUUUCCGGAUGGUACUGAAGUUUUAGAGUUUCCAAAUGGGCAAUCGGAGAAGAGGUUCAAAGAUGGAAAAUGCCUAAUUUUCUUUCCCGAUGGGUUGAUUCAAACCAUUUUCCCCGAUGGUACAGAGGAAGUCAAGUAUCCAGAUGGUUCUAAGCUGUUGACAAAAGCAGACGGUGAUCGGAUGCUGUUUUUAACAAACGGACAAGUCGAGAUACAUACUAAGGAUCAGAAGAGACGUGAAUAUCCAGAUGGAACUGUGAAAAUUUUAUAUCCUGACGGUUCGCAGGAAACUAGAUAUUCGAAUGGGAGGGUGAGGAUGAAAAAUAGUAAGGGUGAAAUUAUUUUGGAUACGGGAGAAACGAACCUUUGACAGGAAUUUAUUAUUUAUUGAAUUUUAAGCAAAUUGUGGAAAGUGUACCAGUGUUAUCUAGGAAAUUAUUAUAAUUUUGUAUAUUUCUAUAAAGUAUUUUAAUAUAAAAAAAAUUUUUCA